CAAUGCCAAAGUGGGUGGGCACAUUCUGACAUUAUCCCUUAACUAUAAGUGUGGAAACGGUCUGGUCCAUUCGGACUUUUUGCGAGACUUAUGCGUGUGCUGAAUAUGCGUCCACCGACAGCAGUGAAAUUACAGAUGCUCUUUGCCAUGUCUUUCGCCUGGGCCUACCACGAAAUACCCAAGUACCAGCACCGAGACCCAGUGACGUUUAAGGUGAUGCUUUGUGACCAGUGCCCACCUGGCACGGCCGUGGAGCGUCAUUGUAGCUUGGAGGAACCCACCGUUUGUGCCCCCUGUCCAGAGAAAUGCUUUGCAGAACAGUGGCACUGGGGCGACAGCUGUCAGCAUUGUACGUCUGUCUGCAAGGAAAGGCAGAUCAUACGAAGGGAAUGUAACAGCACUCAUGACAGGAUCUGUGAGUGUAUUCCUGGGUAUCACCUGGUGGUGGAGUUUUGUGUCCGACACACCGCCUGCCCACCUGGUUCUGGAGUCGUAGUGCAGGGCACACCUGAGAGGGACUCAGUGUGUGAGAAGUGUCCUCAGGGUUACUUCUCCAGUAGGUCCUCAUCCACAGAGCCCUGCUUGCCUCUCAGGGACUGCACUCUACUGGGUCUGAAGACCUUCAGACCAGGCACAGCCACCCAAGACACACUGUGUGAGAUAGAGAGUAAAGACUUCACCUUUGACUGCUCCCAUCAGCACACAGAGUGUCAAACUGACAUCACACUGUGUGAGGAAGCCAUUUUUCAGUUUCUUGCAUCUCCUCCUUUGGCCUCUGUCCCCAUGGAGCGUCUGUCUGAGAGUCUUCCAGGACGUAAGGUGGACUGGAAGAGUGUUGAGAGGCUGAAGAAGAGCUGCAGUCCUCAGCAGCAGAUGAUACACCUGCUCCAUCUCUGGAGAGAACAAAAUAAAGACCAAGACAAACUCUUAAGCAUCAUUCCAGACAUCAUGCUGUGGGAGGAAGCCAUUUUUCAGUUUUUUGCAUCUCCUCCUUUGGCCUCUGUCACCGUGGAGCGUCUGUCUGAGAGUCUUCCAGGACGUAAGGUAGACUGGAAGUGUGUUGAGAGGCUGAAGAAGAGCUGCAGUCCUCAGCAGCAGACGAUACACCUGCUCCAUCUCUGGAGAGAACAAAAUAAAGACCAAGACAAACUCUUAAGCAUCAUUCCAGGUGUUAACCAUUGUGAGCGGAAAUUAUCUCACUGUGCCAGUGUGAAGAACCUCACUCUGGGAGAACUGUUGGUAUUGAUGGAGAGUUUACCUGGUGAGAAGGUGAGCGAGGAGGACAUACGAGCUGUGGUCCACUCCUGUCCCUCACAAAAUUACAUCAUGCAGCUCCUCCACCUUUGGAAGAUUCAGAAUGGAGGUCACGACCUGUCCAAGGCUUUAGCCCACAGUAUCCGCAAACUACGCUCAAAAGGCGCCCGUCGACCCCUCCUUAAAACUCUGAAGAGGAUCAGUCGAAUUAUUAGUGUGUCAUCCAUACACAAAAUGUAUGAGAAGAUGAUUGUCAACAUUCUCCAGGACAGCAUGUGCUUCAAAACCAAACCCUACAAUGACUAAUUAUAUAGUAGAUGACCAAAAAUAUGUGGACACCCAAACACCACAGCCAGAUGUGCUUGGUGAACAUUUCAUUUCAAAUCUAUGGCCAUUAAUUGUGAGUUUGUCAUUCCUAACAGCUACCACUUUUUCUUUUUAGGCUUGACACUCAAUGUUGAAACAUGACUGCAGGGAUUUGCUUCCAUUCAGACACAAGAGCACUAAGGGUAAAAUAUUUCCAUUACAGGGGUGACCAGCAGUAAGAAUUGCCACAUGACCCGUCACAGACACAGGCAGCUUGAAACUGGUGCCAUUGUACUCAAGCUUUAAAAUACCGGUCGAUACUACACCCUGAGUGGCGUGUCUUGCAAAUACCUCCUAUAAUAAAUUAACGAAGCUGUCUACACUGUAAACGUACGUUGAGGCGCAUCGCAUAGCACAGAUAGUAGACAGAUGUCUAUUGCUAAUGCACUGCAGAGCUACUCCAGACACUUUAUCAUCCUGUCCGUCUGAAAUAAAAUGGUUUUACGUACCAAAUAUCAUACAGUAUGUGUGAAUCUUCUAAAUGAAAUAAUCUUUUUUUUCUAACCACGUUUAUGCAGUUUUAGCAACUAUAACAUUACAAUAAUAAAUAUAUAAUAAGUAAAUGUUUAUACCUGUGUAUUUCCAUUGAAAAUAAAGAAUGUUACAGGUUAUUCACCCAUUUAACCAUUGUUGAAGUCUGCUUAAGCUCCAGACUGAUCUCACAGUGAAAUCGGAAAGAGUAGGUCAACUUUUCUUUAGCAAAAAUCUGUAUAUUCUUACCGAAAUUUAAAAAAACUGCCCCCAGUGGCCAAAGCGGUAAGUGUUGAAGGGCGUAUAGGCACAUGUGAGCUCCACAUAUGACCAGGAGAGGUCACCAAAAGCUAGUUGUGAAGCGAGUUCCUUUCAGCUGUACAGGAUAUAAUACAUUGAAGAGGAAUGCAUAUUUUAUGGACUCUACACCCUAACCCAAACCUAAACCUAAACAUUAGUGGAGUAAAAAUUAAAUUUUAGGGGGAAAAGUGCAACCUCUGAAUCAUGCUCAUCACUGAUUCAGUGAAUGCGUUUACUUCCUGGUUUCAUCAUGGAUACAAACCCAGGUCUCUCACACUACUUACGCAAUGCACUGCUGGUCGAGCCACGUGGGAAGGUAAACACAUUGAAACUGAUGCAAAAAGGUCCGGUGGGAAAUGUCACAUGUCAGGGAAUCGGCAUACAGUCGCCGAUCCCGGAACAUUUGAAAACAGCAUGCCGAUUUCCUAUGUGAUUAUGUUGCAAGCUAACAGGUAAUUGGUCUUUACUUCCUGCGCACAUCAUUUAGAACGUUCACUUCAACAUUCUAUUGAAGUGAAAACAGCCUCAAGCCACAUGCAAGCGACUUGCAGCAACAAGCGACAGGAUGAGUGGCAGCAACUGUUGGCAACUAGAUGUGGGCAUGUCGAGUGACUUGAGAAAGUGCCACAAAUGAGUGAGUUUGAUCUUAUUCUUGAUAUGAUGAGUAAUGCUGCAGGUUAUAUACAGUAAAAACACUCCCCCUUGCAGAAUGUUUAUUUUAAGAGGCAAGACAGCUGAUUCCUUGUCAAACUAGAAUGAUAUCUUAGUUUUACCAGCAAAAUGUCUCAUCUGUGAUCAGACUUUCAAAAGAUAUGGCCAGUUGUGCUGCUAACCAAUAAAGUUAGAGCGAUUGGCAGUAGGAACACAUACUAGCAACAAGAAGUACAGAGCUAAAUCCAGUCUCUACAAAUGUGAACCAGACUUUAAGCUGUUGCAUCGCUUAAACUGACGCAUCCGGCUGCUGCUUGACCGUAACUGUUACGGCUGCCACACUCGAUCUGUCACUGUUGUAUGUGGCUGUCACUCGAUCCGUCACUGUUGUAUGCGCCUGCCACUUGACCGUCUCUUUUAUAUGCGGUUGCCACUUGACCAUCGCUGUUGUUUGCUGCUGCCACAUUUAGAGCUCUAUUUUAAGAGCGUCACGUCUCUUAAGCCCCAUUCACAUUGUCAGCAACUUUGUCAGUGGAUUUCACUAGUCUCUGAACUCUGUGUUGAUUUUACCCCCUGUCCACAAGAGCAUGGGACGAUAGGGCCUGGCUCGCAAUUAGCAUUACAAUACAUCCCAACAGGGUUCAGGUCUGGGUUUUGUGCAGGUCAGUCAAAAUCUUCCACACCAGACUCAGUAAAUCUUUACUGAGUAGGUCUUUAUGGACCUUGCAUUGUCAUAUUGGAACAGAAAAGGGCCCUACCCAAACUUGCCACAAAGUUGGAGAAAGCUCUGUCUGCAUCUGGCAAGACUACCAUAAAGCAUGCCAACUACAAGUCACACCCACUACAAGUACGCCCUCUUCAAAUAACUGGCGAAAUGCUGAAGUCUUGCAACAGUUGGAUGUCACGGUUAUACACUUUGUUUGCUGUGUUUAUUUGGAGUUUUGCAGCAACCCUACACCUACACCUUUCCCUACCCCUAAACCUAACCAUAUCUCUGUAUCUAACCUUAACCACAAAGAAUAAAAAAAUAAAAGUUUGUAAUAAUACUGCAACUUAAAAUGUUCUAUUGAAUAUAAUCAUAGGACUAUACCACUAGGUGAUGACAGUGAGAGGAAAUGUGAUGAAAAUGAAGAGGAGAGGAAGCUCUACAACUGUGUAGCUAGAAGGAUAAUCAGCUCGCAGUACGCUAAGCUAACAGGCUAACCGAUUAGCUUGUGAGCUAACUGGAGAAAACAGAACAGAGAAAUUUUUAUUUUCACCAUUUAUAUUUGUAGUAACAAUAUGAUAUGUGACAUAUAAUUUAAAAGUUAUUCUUUUUCAUAUUUACAUAGUUUAGACAACAUGAAUCAAACAAUGUUUGCAUAGGAUUUUAAAAGUUCUUUCAGAAAUAGAAUCACUUUGUUAUCCAAGGGUGGCAUUACUUGGAGUGGCCAUGCUGUGUAGUGGGUGUUCCUUGUCAUCUUGCAGAACGCAGACAGAUACAGUACACUUGCAAAUUUGAAAGCACACAAUUCUCUAGAAUGUCAUUAUAUGCUGUAGCUAGCAUUAAGAUUUUUCUUCACUGUAAUUAAAGGGCUUAGGCAAACCCAUUAAUUAGAUGGGGAGUCCACAUACUUUUGGCUAUGUAGUAUAACAUAUUUAAGGAUGAUGAACAGAAGAGUUAUUUAAAUGGAAAGAUGUAAAUAGUUUUGUUUUGGGACUGAUAAAUGGCUAAAAAGGGGGAGGGUUAGUUGGGGUUACUGAUUUGUUGUGAAGAUUUUUUUUUUUUUUUUUGGCUUACUUCUUGUUUUUAUGUUUGACUACAUCACUAAGAGUUAGAUUGAGUUUGGAGAUUUAAGUCAAGUCCUGAAUGUUGAGGGCAAUGGCCUUUGGUUCAAGAUUUUGCUUGACAUGUUAUGUCUGUUAAACUAAACGUUGCUGUAAAUAAAGGAUGUUGGUUAUAUGAAUGUACAAUCUAAAGGAGAGCAGUUAUGUU